UAAAAGGGCAGAUGGUAACCGCGGGUAACUGAGGAGCAAGCCACUCUGCUGGCCACAGAGCAAGAGAUCAGCAGAGAGAGGGAGGUAGAGGGAGGGAGGAGAGCGAACACAUGCAGCGCAGCAGAGGAGAGGAGAGGAGCAUCUGAGAGGAAGCUGCACGCCGGCUCUGACAGAGAGAAAGACAGAGGGAGGAGAAGACUGAGUACUUCUUCUCCACACUAACAAGGAGGCAGAGAGCAAAAAGAGAAACAAAGACAGAGACAGGAGAUGGGGAGAUAGUGAGAGGAGGGAAAAAAGUAUCCCUCCCCUCCACUUACAGAGAGAUACAGAGACAAAGAGAGAGGGAAAACAAAAGGGGGUUGGAGAGAUUGUGAAGUGAAGAGAGGGAGGCAGCGGACGGGAGAUAGUUAGAGGAACUGCAAGGCUGAUCAAUGAGCGGCUUAGAUUUCGGGAAGAAAUUUCGACUCAGCAAGAAAGAGAGGGAGUCAAUGACAAGGAAAGAUUGAUGAAUGAAAGAUGGGAGCAAAACAUCUGGAGAGAUAAAGACUUUUAUUAUAUUAUAUUAAAUAUUUAAAGGGAGACUAGAGGGAAUUUUGAAAAAAAAAAAACCCAGAGAAGAAUAAAAAAAACAUUUAGAGAAAGACAAGAAGAUAAGAGUGGAAAGGAACGAUGAGCAGAGGGUGAAAUAUUUAAAAAAGAGACAGAAGCUGAGGGAAGAUGAGCAGAGAGAAGGCAGAGUCAAAUAGUCACCGGCAAAAACUUAGAGAAGAGAGAGAAUAAAUCAGAGCAGCAGGGGAAAACUGCGCUCCUCCUUUUCUUUUUUUUUCUUAUUUCCUCCAUCCCUCUCCCUCUACUUUGUAAAACAGAGGAGGAGAGAAGAAAUGACGAGAGCAGGAGAGAGUUGAGGAAGCAGAAGAAGAAUCAGAAGAGGAAGCAGUUUUCCAAGACUUUUUCUUCAGAUAGAUACAUAGAUAUUUAAGUAUAUGAAACCCUGUCAAAUCCAAUGGCGUGCUACUACAUUGUGAUCAGUUCCACCCACCUGCGUGACGGACAGCUGAGGAGCAUCAAGGGGGUGUUCAGAGGACCAAUAGGAACCAAUGGCCAAAGAAACACGGAGGAAGGGGACUCAAGUCUCUACUGUGAGCUGUGCGAUAAGCAGUACGUGAGACACCAACAAUACGACAACCACAUCAACUCCUACGACCACCACCACAAGCAGCGCCUCAAGGAGCUGAAACAGAGGGAGUUUUACAGAGCGUUGGCCUGCAGGAGGCAGAGGAGACGCAGGGAGGAGAAGAGAGAGGAGAGAGCGCUGAGGAAGCUCCGUAAGCAUGAAGAGAGGACGACAGGAGAGUGUGCUCCAGGUUCUGGUCCCAUGUUCCGGUCCACCACAGUGGCAGUCGAACCAGCAAACCAGACCAGACCAGACUUUGUGCAGAGCUGGGCCGACAUCCAUACAAGCAGCACCACACUGGGAACAAAGCCUCAAACCCAGCUGAUCCAGCCCUUCCUUCCCCUGGACCCUGCACUAGAAACCAGAUUUCUGAGCAACACACAAUGGGCGUACGGCCAAAUGGAUUCCAACAACACUACAACUACGGCUGCUGAAUCCUGCAUCCUCAACAAGACCCAAAUGGACUACAAUGACCUGACAGCAGCUGCCCUUACGUCCAGUACCACCACUAACAACAUGAUGAGCAACACAAAUAUCAACUCUUCCACCAAAACCAGCCACUUUAACAAGAUCCCUUGGGUUCAUCAUUAUUUAAGCAAUCCCAUUACUCCCAAUAACAUCCCAACAACUGCCAGUAACACCACCACUAAUGGCUCCGUUUUCAACAAAACCACCAUGACCAGUUUCAGUAAGAAAAUCUCCACCGCCACCACCGCUACUAACAUGACCGACAUCAGCAUCAACAGUAGCAGAGCAGUGUGUGGAACAGUUGGAGCCUCAGACGUCCAGUCCGUGCCCAGCAGAGUCCGCCCUGUGUCCUUCUCACUGCCCAAAAGGAACUGUGUCCUCCUCCACCAAUCAGCUGCCGUCUUCAUCCAAGCUGGACGAGGCUCUGGCUUGUCAGGGAAGCAAGAAGGUGUGACCACACAAGAAAGAGCCAAAGAUCUGGGGGAGAAAGUCACAGAUCAGCAGCUCAAAUCUCCAGUAUCUGCAGACGUGGACAAUGAAGGUGUGGAUCACUGGGACACUGGAAACCAGUACAGUGUGGACAGUAAAACUGCAAUUCAGCACUCUGAGGCUGGAGCCAAUAUGUCUACUGAGGGGGGAAAUGGAGGACUCUCUGGGACAGGAGCCCAGGUUUCUUUAUGUAAUCGCAAUGUGAUCAGAGUUGAGGACUCUGUUAUCAGUGGGAAUGAAGCCCAGCUCUCCUUAUACAAUGACAAUGGGACUGGAGCCCAAGUGGGCAAUGAAAGUGGGACUGGAGCUCAUCUUUAUUUAAACAGUGGGAUACCAGGACAGAUUUCUGGCAGUGUGAGCACAGUUGUCGCUAAAGGUUCAGUAUGCAGAGGCAGCGAGGCUGAAACCCAUGACAAUGUGGACAAUCUGACAAAAUUAAACCCUACCCAAGAAUUGAAAGAUCAGCCUCAAAAAUCAAUUUCUGGUGUUUUAAAUGAGACCAAAGAGUCUUCAAUCCAAAUACAUCCCAAAGAGUCAAAGUCUUCUCCAUCAAACUGGGCUAAAGAAUCAACUUCUUUGCCUCCAAGUCGUCCCAAAGAGCCGUUUUGUCGUGUCCUGAGUCGAGAUGGUGGCAGGGUUCUUCUCUGGCCGUCGGAGAUGGUCAGCUACACCAAGACAUCGCCCUCCAUCUCCUACGGCAUCAACCCGCUACUGUACGACUUCAGAGCACAUAACAGGGCCAAGGAAGGGGGUGAGGAAAAGAAGGGAGGGCUGGAAGAAGGGAGGGAGAGAAUAAAGCCGUCUGUGAUCAAACAACCCAACUGCCAACAGAGGCAGGAAGUUAUGGAGGGAGGAAGGGAGGUGAAGAUAGAUGAAAGAGAAGAAGAGGAUGAAGGAGGACAGGCAGGAAAUCCUAUGGAACUUGUAGCUCAUUGUAGCGGCGGCAACGCAGUUCCGGACCGCUGUGACUGCCGUGAUGAAAGCGCUUUAAAAUUUGUUCCCGUUUCCACAGAAUGCCACCUUACACAGACGCUAGGCCUUCAAAAAACAGGGAGAAGGAGGAGGAGGAAGAGGAGGGGAGGGAUGAGGAGAGGAAUGAGAAAGAGGGGAAGGAGGAAAAGAGGAGAAGAGACAGAUAGAAAAGACCCAGAAAGGGGAAGAAGGAUAAUAAGUAGUCUUUCUGAGAAUCAGAUGUUUGAAGGGAGAGGAGAAGAGAGGUUGAAAAGAGAGGGCACCAAAAAAGAGGAGAGGAGAGAAAAAGGGCUAUUAAGUAAUCUUGCAGCGCAUCGGCUGGUAGGAGGGAGAGAAAAGAGGAUGAGGGCAGAGGAGAGAAGGAUAAGAGGAGAUCAGACAGAGCUAGAGAGGGCAGGUAGAAAUGACGAGAAGAGAGGAGAGCUAUUAAGUAAUCUUCCCGUGAAUCGCUGUAAUCGGUGUAACCAGCUGUGUCUGCAGGUGAAAAGGGAGGCCAGCCAGCAUCAAUCCCAGCAAUCAGCCUCCGGGUGGGGCCAGGGGCUCAGAAAGCUCCUCUGCAGGGGUGCAGCAUGUAACUCAGUGAUUAGCCCUGUCCCUACGUGUGUUAUAGAGAUGCCAUGCUGUCCUGCAAUUAUGCCCGACCCUGCUCAGAAUGACUUAGAGACGGGGGAGAUGCACAAAAAUACACAAGCAGGGAAGGAGGACGGGCAGAGAGAUGAGGAGCAAAGGAAUCUGAGGAAGACGGAGAUAAGAGCUGUUCAGGAUGCUAAAGAAAAGGUGUGUAACCUAGUGAUUAGUGGCGCAGCACGCGAGUCAGAAAUUUGUCUUGUUCCUACACCUCACAGGGAAACAGCAUGUGAUCCAGCGAUUAGCCUUGUCCCUUCUCCCUUUAGAGAAACAGCAUGUAGUCAAAGACAAACAAUACCUGCAGGACACAGCAAUCCGGAGUUUGGCCCGGCCCCACGCUGCUCUGCACAACAGACAGAAACACAACCAAGAAUUAGAUCAGCCUGCGCAGACAUGACACUCCCUGGCAAUGCAAUUUUAGAGGAAGUGAUGUCGAAGAGCGCAGUAACAGCCGGCCAGAGGAAACGGGAAUUGCCGGAGGCUGGGGAAACACCGAGGAAGAAACGGAAAAGAGGAAGGAGACAAGGGAGGAGAGUUGUCUGUGUCUUGAGGACUUGUGGGCAGAGACAGGAAAGAGCUUGUGUUGGGUUGACCACUGACCUCGGCGUAGAUGAGGCCUCUUGUAUGCAGGACCCCACAAAGGCACUUAAACUCAACAGCAAUGAGACACUUUUGGACAACUGCCUGAGGUGCAACACCACUGAGUACGGUCCAGAGGGCAAUAAGACUGAGAAAAACACUAACUGCCACUUUCUUUGCAGGACAAAACACUGUCUGUGUCAUAAAUCACAUAAUAGUGAGGGAACAUUCAGUUGUAACAGUACUGACAAACUGAAUAACUGCUGCCGCUGUGAUGACACUAAAGGUGGCAACUGCAAUUCCGAUGACUACAGUCAAUUUAUCUCUAAUCCCUCUGGAGGCGAGGAAAAGAUGAAGUGCUGGACUGAGAAACCUUUCAGUGACUGUCACACCUGUAACACACCAGGUGACCACAGCCAGUGCAAUAAAAAGCACAAUCUGAGCUGUAACGGUAGUGAGACGAAUUUCAACAGCGACAAAGACAAGGAUCUUUCUCCUGAUCAUUUCGAAAAACUUCACUCAGCUAACAGGAGUGACAAACCUACCUGUAACACCAUGGGCACACCUGUGGAUUUACUUUCGAAAGACUUCUUUACCUGUAGCACUAAUGAUACACAUACUGGCCACUGUCAAUGCAAAAACAAGCAAACAAAGAAUGACAAAAUGUCCAUUGAUUCCAGUAACAAUGCUGACAAAACAACAGAUCAUUGUGGGAAAACGACAGCUCAGAGCCGUUCCUGUAAUAUUACAGACAAGUGUGAUGAUUGCUUUAACUGUAAAACCAAUGUCACAUGUUAUUACAAUUGCAAUUAUAACCAUACAAAUAACAAAAGUGGCCACACUGAGGAAGAUAAAACCCAACUGCAGUGUCAUACUCAACACAAAAGCAACCUCUCUGAUUCAGCUAUUGAUUACAAAACCUGCAGUGGUAUUGAUCAAAGCGGCGGAAAUGGCUAUGAUGAUAUUGACAGUGGCCAUUGUGAUUAUUUGAACAGUAAUCAUGUUACUGAUUGUAAUCACUGUGCUGAUGUUGUUAAUAAGAGUGCCAGAAAUGCAACAGAAGCUGUUGCACUCAUGAGCGUACAAAUGGAGCAGAGAGAGGAGGAAAGACAUGUUGAGAAGGAGAGAAAGGAGGAGGAAGAGGAGAAACAGAUGGAAAGGAAAAAGGUAAAGGAGAAGCAAGAAGAGUGGGAGAAGGAGUGGGUGAGGAGAAAGGAGAAGGAACAGGAGGACAGGGAGAGAAGGAAGGCUAUAGACUUUGAACAUCUCUACCCAGAGAAGAGGCCUUGUUUUCCUCAUGCCCUCCCUCCACAUUGCAUCCCCCUCCAUGCUCCUCUCCUCCUCCAGCCUUCCCUCUCCUCUUCUUCCUCUUUCUCCUUCCAUCACACCAUCAUCCAGCAUCACCUCUCCCUCCUCCCGCCUCCGUCGCACCGUCCUGUCCACGCAUACCCUCAUCUCCUCCCCUCUUUCUCCCCACAUCUCUCUCCUCUCACUCUUAAUCCACCUCCUGCUCCUCCACCACCACCACCACCUCCCCCCUUUCUACGCCUCAUCCCCCAUCCCUCUCCUGGAUGCCCCCGGCCCUUAUUCCCUAGCAACGGCGUUUCACCCCUUGCAGAGUCACCACCCGUCUCUGUAUCCCCCGCCCCAUCCUGCAGUCUUGCCCUUACAGAUGUUGUUCUAAAAAAUGUAAAAGCAAAGACAAAGACUCAUGAAAGGUACAUUUUCCCAUUUUCCAAAGAAAAGGUUUUCAGGUGAAAGCAGUUUUCAUGUGUUCUCACCUGCAUACUCGAAGCAAGAAUGAAAGGCGAUGGAUAAAAUUUCAGAAAGAUUUAAGUAGAAAAACAAAACCCGAUCUUUCUUAAAGCCAAACCUCUGGCAGCUUUAUCACCCCGUCCAUACACUCCAAGCACUGAUUCCCACAUCUGAAAAAACGAUGGCUAAUUAUCUUCAUCAGUCGCAAUCCUGCUCAAAAUGAGCCUCAGGUGUGCAGCCAGCGGAAUCAUGGUGGGGAUACACAGCUGGGCUUGUUUCCCUCGGCAGAAAUCAGUUGAUGCUCCUGUUUUGCAUUUAAAGCAUGUUGGAAAUGUUAAACUAUGGUUUGUGACUUUAAAGGACAAAUCCAUCAUUGUACAUGCUCAGAUAUAUUCAAGUCGGUGAUAAUAAAUUCAAGAUUUUUUUUUCUUGUUGAAAUUGUACAUUUUUUCCCCUGACAGCUUCCACUUCCCUAAAUGACUUUCAUAAGAGAUGUGAACUUGUUGAACUCAGCUCGAGGUUAUUAGGAGCUGAUGACCUUCAUUACUUUUUAAGCUAGCCUCUGUUUUGCUUUGCUCAGGAAGUCUAUUUUCCCAACAUAGGGUUUCUUCCAUCAGUCUUAAAAGUUUGAAACAUGAUCCUGUCAAAAUUAAUAUUAAAAUGAAUAUAUCUGCUACUUUAAGAGAGUAGUAAAAUUUGAGUGCCUGAUAAUUUUAAGAAAUAUAAACAACAAUCAUUUUGUUUGCAUUCAGCAACAACAUAUGUGUAUACCACACAGACAUAAUUACAAGCGGCCGAGUGAGAAAAACACGUUGGCCUCCUUGUUGAAAAUUCGAGUCAGAAAUGUUGGCUGAAAGCUAAAAGAACUACAGAACUACUAAGCUAAGGUAGCCAACUCCUCCAUCACCAUAAGUUACAGCUGAAUAAAAUCUGAUAUACACACUAAUGAAAUCAAUUGAGCUUACUUCACUUCAUGAACCACUACGCAUAUGUAACAUGGUAAAAAACUAAUUUGGGCUUAUUUUUCAUUUAACCGGUGUGGCUACAGGGCUUGUGAUAAAUGGGUGCCAUGUCCAGCGUGUAAACUCUCCCCAUGACCCUGCACAGGAUAAGCAAGUAUAGCUGAUGGAUGGAUCGACUACAAGGCUAACCAUUAGGCCUGUCACAAUAACUACUUUUGUUGGAUGAUAGAAAUAAUUGUGAUAAAUGACAUUGUCAUUUUAAGACCAUUUUAUGCCACUGAUAUAAUGAUAAGCAUAAUAAUGCAAGUACACCCUUUUAAUUAACUUAAAAUUCUUCAAAAAAAAAACGUUGGAAUUGGAAUGUGAAAAAAAUAUUAAAACAUCCUAAAUAAAAACAUGAAUAAAAUGGACUCUCUGGCUCUGUUAAAUAAAUGUUAAACAUUUGGCACAGGCUGUAGAGGCAUUCAUUCCUUAAAAAGGCAAUAAAGUAAUGGAAGGGAAAACCCUGCUGUUUAUUCUGGCAUCAUGUUGGCUGAAAUGUUGGUGACAUUCUUGUAUUGUUGAUGGACAACAUAACUGAUGGACUGCAAAAGGAAAUUGAGAAGCUGCUCACAGCUGGAAUAAAUCAAUUAAUAAAUAAUAGUAAAAAAAAUGGCUUCAGGAACACCUCAGAAUAAUAAGAAAAAAACAAGUAUGAAAUCUUUGGAAAAACAUUAUGUUUCCUCUUUGUGAAGUUUAAUUGGCAGUGGCAUUUUAGAGUCUCUGUUUGACUGACAUCCAAUGCAGCAUGUGUUGGGUAAUUUUGUCUUAGCACAAAAUAGAAAAACUACAUUGAUUUGUUGUAUACUGCCUGCAAAAACAGCACACUAUGAAAAUUACUACAGAGUACAUACUGUAUACUAUUAGUUUGUAGUAUGGAAAUGGGAUACAGCAGUCUUAUUGCUGCAGACAGGCCUACUGGUGCUGUCAUUAGUGUAGAAAUUGUAUCUCAGCCUCUUCUGCAGUGUAUUUCUCCCUGUGUGACUGUAGAACGUCAGAGCAAAAUGUUAAGUUUAGAAAUAAGCCUUUGCUCUUUGAUUUUGAGCAUCUGACUCCAGUGUCUGACCUUUACUCUUGACGUUUUAGACUGUUCAUUUUCUGGCAUCUCACUCUGUUGCAGCUGCACCAAAAAUAUCCCAAUGUGAUGGAUAACUUUACAUUUAUUGACUCGUCCAAGGAAACAAAGACCAAAACACACACAGAGUCUUUCAGCACGCCGUGUGACACACCCAGCUUCAAUAGGGCCGUGUCAAAACAACCAUUUUUUGAUUAAAGUUCCCUCCCCCUGUCCCCCUGUUGUCAUUCAUUGGUUGCUUGUUGCAGUUGGACGGGUGAUUUUCCACACUGUUUUUGGACAAAAUAACUGAAGCAUCUCAACACUUCACGAAAUCAUUCUUUCAUUCGUAUGCAGAAGUUCAAAGUGUUCCUUCCUAACAGCACUUUUCUAUCUGAGCAGCCCCUCAGGGUGGAUUUUUCCUUUAAAGCUAAGGGUUAGGACAAAGCCAUGUGAAUAAGUGUGGAUCCGCCCUUCGUUGUUCAAAUAUUCCUCUUUUGAGUCUUUACACUUUGUUUCAUUCAGUGUAGCAGAAAUACCUCACAAUUAACAAAAUGUGACUGCCAGAAAGACGCUCCUGACAGCAUGACCCUCAAACUUUCAGAGGUGUGAAUGGCAGGACUAACGAGAGAAGUGCAGAGCAACUCCCACACUUAGUAACACAUUGUUUUUCCUCAGACGUUUUUUCUGAACUUGAACAUCUGUCUGCGAUGGCUUUGGGGGCAUAACUGGAAGUGCCUAUCCAUCUUAGCGACUACAGAUUAUUCUGGUGCAGACAGCAAUGACAAACAAAAAGUAUAUAUAUAAAAAUAUGCAUGAAAAUUGGACUACAAGAAGCAGAUUUUGUGGGUGGAUCACAAUCCUUUUUCUCACUAAGAUUUUCAGGCAAGCACUGUAAAAUAUUUUGGUCGUAUUGAUCCCAGAAGCCUGGACACACACUGUUUGAGCAUUAUAGUUUUCAGUUGCCGCCCUGCACACUCUGCUUUCUUUCCCUGAGGUCGUCAGUAGGUAACUGUUGAUACCUCACCAGAUGAUCUCCACUAUUUUGGGCAUGUCACCAUGGUGACACUAUGGAGCCCAGGGUGACAUACCGGAGGUGUGUAUGAACAGAGGUAUGCGACAUGAUUCACUACUAAUAAACUAUACUACUAUAAACUCACUGACUUCUCCUUGCAGCUCUGAGUGCAACAAAAAGCCAGUAUAUUAUAUUUUAAUAUAUAUAUACACACACACACACACAUAUAUAGCUGGUGUGACAGCACUCAUACAGCAACAUGUUUUCUCCCUGUAGCUCUGUACCAGAAGGGGAUUGAAACCUUAUGUUCUCUAUGAAUGUAGGUUUUAUUUAUUAUUGUGAUAAAACUGUGUAAAUUAGAGAAGAAAAGCUGUUAUUAGAUGUAUUUUUGUAGAGAAACCUCAGUUGAAUGAGGCACAGUUUUUGUAUCAUGUACUCUGAUGCUAUUUUAGCUAGUAAAUGAACUUCACCCCCACCUAAUCUGUCCUGUUAAGCUGUUGUACAUAUGUUCUUUAAAGUGCUGGUAAUCAAUGAAUGCAUUUAAAAAGUCUUGUUUAAGUUCCUUCAGAAAGCAGUUUUUCCCGGUUUUGUCAAAGAAAUGUCUUGAGAUCCUGAUAAACUAAUAUUUGGCUAAAUCUUUUGUGUAAUAUAAUUUCAGCAGACUCAUAUCCACAGAUAUUAUCCCUGCUAAUAUUAUAGAUCUAGUGAAUCCAUCGAGAAAAAUGAAUUACUCUGAAAAUGAAAAUAAAUCAGUAGACUUGA